UCUGCUUUCUUGAUAUAUAGGCAGAGGCGACCAAGAACUACAAACAGGUUUUCCUGCUGAUUGAUGUGGGGACCCAGCCACAAUGAGGAACUCCUGGACCCUCUGCACUUCGGUUCUCCCCAGCAUGAUUUUCCUCCUGCUGAUUCCAGAAGGUAUGUGUGAAAGAAUUAUUGGAGGACAAGAAGUGACUCCUCAUUCAAGACCCUACAUGGCCCUCCUGAAAAAUGGAAAAAUAACCUGUGCUGGUGCUUUGGUUGCAGAAAACUGGGUGUUGACUGCAGCUCACUGUAACAUGAAUGGAUCAAGAGCCCAGGUCAUCCUUGGGGCUCACUCAGCAAGCAAGAAGGAGCCAGAGAAACAGAUAAUGGCCAUUAAAAAAAACGUUCCCUAUCCAUGCUAUGACAAUGACACACAUGAAGGUGAUCUUAAACUUCUACAGCUGAAAAAGAAAGCAAAAUUAAGCAAGAAAGUAGCUCUCCUUCCACUCCCUGGAACGGGGGAGGAUGUGAAACCAGGAACCAUGUGCCAUGUUGCAGGAUGGGGAUUGUCUAACAAUCAGUCACCUAAUACUUCUGAUAUUCUGAAAGAAGUCAACGUCACUAUCAUCAACAGAAAAAUCUGCAAUGACAACAAACACUAUGAUUUCAACCCUGUGAUUGGACUGAAUAUGAUUUGUGCUGGAAGCCCCAAAGGGGGAAAAGACUCGUGCAAUGGAGAUUCUGGAAGCCCUUUGCUAUGUAAGGGCAUUGUCCGUGGCAUCACUUCCUUUGGCAAGGCAGGGAAAUGUGGAGACCCGCGGUAUCCUGGCGUCUAUACUUUUCUGUCCCCAAAACACCUCAAUUGGAUACUCGAGACUAUGAAGAAAGCAGUUUAGAUAACUGCUUCGUUCCAUGUGCUGCCACCUUUUAAUCUUAUCAUAAAUAAAACCAACUUGUAUGGC